GUGGUGAUGUUAAUGCACUCAGCUUCUGAACAAGACUUUUGAUCAAGAAUAAUGGCUUUGGCUUCUCCUGAAAAAGUUGUUCUUGGCUCAAUCGCUUUUGUAAUCUUCUGGUUUCUGGCUGUUUUCCCAGCGGUUCCAUUCCUUCCAAUAGGAAGAACCGCCGGGUCUCUCCUCGGCGGCAUGCUGAUGAUCAUCUUCAGAGUCAUAACCCCGGCGCAGGCAUAUGCAGCCAUUGAUCUCUCAGUCCUUGGCCUUCUCUUUGGGACCAUGGUUGUGAGCAUCUAUCUAGAAAGGGCCAAUGCUUUCAAGUACUUGGGGAUAUUGUUCUCGUGGAAGAGCCGCGGCGCCAAGGACUUGUUGUGCAGAAUCUGCAUCUUCACCGCGGUGUCAAGCGCGCUCUUCACCAAUGACACUUGCUGUGUCCUCCUCACCGAGUUCAUCUUGAAAAUCGCGAGGCAGAACAACAUCCCGCCCCACCCUUUGUUGCUAGCACUGGCCUCAAGUGCCAACAUUGGAUCUUCUACCACUCCAAUAGGGAACCCCCAGAAUCUGAUCAUUGCCAUUCAGAGUGGCAUCUCUUUUGGGGACUUCUUGUUGGGAAUUCUCCCUGCUAUGCUUGUGGGGAUCUUUGUUAAUGCUUUGAUCCUUUUAGGCAUGUAUUGGAACCUAUUGUACAUCAAGAAAGAUGAGGAAAAUGCUGUGGAUGAUGAAAUCAUUUCCGCGGACGAUGCAGCCUCACACCAGUUCUCCCCAAUACACAUGUCACAUACGUCACCUUUUGAGCAUGACCAUGUAUCAGAUUCCAUUGAUGCUAGAACCACUCCCAACCGAAGCACGUAUAGGGAUGACCUCGGAAUUACUGACAACAACCAUUGCAGGACUCCAGGGAGGAACUCGGGUGCUGCAAAAGAGGUAGCUGGGAUUGAUUUAUUCCCAAGAAAGUUGGAGGAAAAGAUUGCGGUGGAAGGAGAACAAGGACUAAAAGAAAUCGCGAAUUCUAUUGAGGAUGGAAUCCCACUUGAGGAUAGCGAGAACAAGGAGACUUUGGUCAAGAAAUGGAGGCGAAAAUCAUGGAAAGCAUGUCUUUACCUUGUUACCCUCGGAAUGCUUAUUGCGUUACUGUUGGGGCUGAACAUGUCAUGGACUGUACUUACAGCAGCUCUUGUUCUUAUGGUCCUCGAUUUCAAAGACGCGGGGCCAUGCCUAGACAAGGUUUCCUACUCUCUAUUGCUGUUCUUUUGUGGAAUGUUCAUCACAGUGGACGGCUUCAACAGAACAGGAAUACCAAGUGCACUAUGGAAUGCGAUGGAGCCUCAUGCAAGGAUCAACCAUGCUGGUGGGGUUGCAAUUCUCGCCUUUGUCAUACUUUUUCUCUCAAAUGUUGCUUCAAAUGUACCUACUGUUCUUCUACUUGGAGGAAGAGUUGCAGCCUCAGCAGCAGCAAUAUCUCCAGGUGAAACGAAAAGGGCAUGGCUGAUAUUGGCUUGGGUUAGCACAGUUGCCGGGAACUUAUCACUGUUAGGUUCCGCCGCAAACCUCAUUGUCUGCGAGCAGGCGCGCCGAGCUAAGCCCCUCGGCUACAAUCUCUCCUUCUGGACUCAUCUCAAGUUUGGCCUUCCCUCCACUCUUAUAGUAACAGCCGUUGGCUUAGUACUAAUCAGGAGUUAGAAAGAAAGAAAAAAAAUGCCUGCAAGAAUUCA